ACAGAAAAUAAUUUAUAUUGCCUAUUGCCUGUAAUUGUAGACAUAUUUUUGCAUAAAAAAUUCAUACUAAGAACCAAGAUUGGACUCUAAUACUGAUAAUACGUAAAUAAAUGUAAAUGUAUCCUUUUAAUAAUAAUUUCGUAUUUUGUAUUCUACCAUCUGUUGCCACGUAAACAUUUUUUGACAUCACCAAGAGCCACAUAACCUAUCUUCGAGAGAUGUUUUUCUGAUAUGCAUGUACAUAAAACCGGCAAUAGUUUUCAAAGAUUAAAAGAAUGGCUGUCACCACGGGUACUUCUUUUGUAUUGGCAGCAAUAAGUUCAGUGUUGAUAUUUUCUGGGAUGCAAAUGUUCAGGCCUUGGUUUAGCUCUUCACAGCUACACACUUUGCUUGGCGGAUAUUUGGGAUCACUUUUAUUUAUUUUAUGCCUGACGGCGUUGGGCAACUUGGAAACUUGUUUGUUUGGGAAAUCGUUCCAAGUGAAAAUUUUCCCUGAAGUAUCCGUUGCUUUGUUAGUCUCUCUUUUUGCCUCGGCAACAAUUCAUCGUGUUUGUGGGUCGUCCUGUUUCCUAAUAUCCUUGUGCGCUUUGUAUUACUUGAAUAAAUAUUCACAAAGAGUGUACGCUGUUCCAACAGCACCUGUUGUAGUGCAAACGGGGAAAAAGAAGAAGAAUACUUCUUAGGAUCUCGUAUUGGCAAUUUAACUAAUUUUUCUAUUAAUUUUUUAGCAAACUUUUCUUUAACUUUGUACUCAAAUAUUUAUAUCAAUAAUAAAGUGAAUCAUGCAUUAAUUUCUUUAAAAUAAAUGUUCUAAUUCUUUAUAUAUAUA